AGCCUGGCUGGACCUUUCUUCAGACAAGGCCGCAACUACCGGGUCUUCCCCGAGCCAGAGGAUGGCUGUGCUUAACCAGAAGUCUGUUAUGGAUAUGAUUAGAGAGUUCAGAAGGAAUUGGCAUACUCUUUGUAACUCUGAGAGGACUACUGUGUGUGGUGCAGACUCCAUGCUCUUGGCAUUGCAGCUUUCCAUGGCAGAGAACAACAAACAGCACAGUGGAGAAUUUACAGUCUCUCUCAGCGAUGUCUUAUUGACCUGGAAAUAUUUGUUACAUGAGAAAUUGAACUUACCAGUUGAAAAUAUGGAAGUGAUUGACCAUUAUGAGGACAUUAGGAGGAUUUAUGAUGAUUUCUUGAAGAAUAGUAACAUGUUAGAUCUGAUCGAUGUUUAUAAAAAAUGUGGCAUUUUGACUUCUAAUUAUGAAAAUUAUGCCAAUAUAGCUCCUAGUCAACUACGGGAUUUUCUGUGUGGCAGACAAUAUGCAGUAGAUGAUGAAACUGAUUUCUGUGUACCAACAUCACCAAUGAGUAAACACAACCAGGAUAAUGAAAAGGUGCGGUUACUAGCAAAGAAAAUUAUCUACUCCUACUUAAACUUGCUGGUGAAUUCAAAGAAUGACUUGGCUCUGGCUCAUAUUCUCAAUAUUCCUGAUAGAGGACUUGGAAGAGAAGCCUUCACUGCUUUGAAACAUGCUGCUCGAGAGAAACAGAUGUCUAUCUUUUUGGUGGCCACAUCAUUUAUUAGAACAUUAGAGCUUGGAGGGAAAGGAUAUGCACCAUCACCAUCUGAUCCUUUAAGGACACAUAUAAAAGGAUUGUCUCAUUUUAUUAAUUUCAUUGACAAAUUAGAUGAGAUUCUUGGAGAAAUACCAAAUCCAAGCAUUGCAGGGGGUCGAAUACUCUCAGUGAUAAAGAUGCAGCUGAUUAAAGGUCAGAACAGCAGGGAUCCUUUUUAUAAGGCAGUAGAGGAAGUUGCUCAAGAUUUGGAUUUGAGGAUUAAACAUAUUAUCAAUUCUCAACAAGGAGAUAUAGCUGUUAGUACCACUGACAUCAGUCCUGCACGGCCAAAAUCUCAUGCCAUAAACCAUGGCACAGCAUACUGUGGCAGAGAUACUGUGAAAACUUUAUUAGUUCUUUUGGAUGAAGAAGCAGCCAGUGCUCCCACCAAAAACAAAGCAGAGCUUUUGUAUGACGAUGAAAAUACAAUUCAUCAUAAUGGAACUUCUAUUCUUACACUUUUUAGAUCUCCCACACAAGUGAAUAAUUCACCGGUGAAACCCCUAAGAGAACGCAUCCAUAAGUCAAUGCAAGAGAAAAAAAUUAAGGUGAAGCAAAUGUUAAUUAGAUCUCAGUUUGCUUGUACUUACAAAGAUGACUGCAUGAUAAGCAAGGAUAAAUGGAAUAAUGUUAAUACAGCAUCAAAGGCUUUGUGUGUUCUUCACAUGGAAAAUGACCUUUCUGAAGGUGCAGAUUCAUCUGUUGGAAGACCAACAAUUGGAGCAAGUUCUGGAAAUGUUCAUCUGGACAAAAGUAAAAAUGAAGUAGCAAGAAAAUCAAGUAGUCAGACUGGAAAUAAAAACUCAAAAAGGAAACAGGUGGAUCUGGAUGAUGAAAAUAUUCUCUGUGAUAAUGGAAAUGAACCACUUCAACAUAAAAAUGUUAAGAUACCUAAGACAUCAAAAGAUUUGCUAAGUAAAUUGGAUGGCAAACUAGUCAGAGUAGCAAAAAGCAACAAGUGUACCACCAAGGACAAAUUGAUUACUGGCCAGACAAAGUUAACUCAGUUUUUUAGACUAUGAAUUUGUCUUUUAUGUGCUUUAGAUUUAUGCAUGUAUAAAACCAUUCAAAAGGCAUCUACUUUAUUUUUAAGAGAUCAAGGCGUAAAUUAUGGUGUUUUAUUAUUUUGG